UUCCAGCUCCAAAGCUAAAGCUGGCGUUUGGACUCUAGCUGCGCCGCUGUGUCACCCACGCCCGCACAUCAUUAUCUCUCCCAACAGAUUCACGUUUGUCGCUCGGACAAUCUAAUCAAUCGCAGAAAGGAUUAGGCAGAGAGAAUUAGUUCGAGGAAGAGUGGACAUGGCGGGGACGAGCAUGGCGGUGACGGCGGUGGCGAGCCUGUGCUGCGUGGGGCUCUGCAGCCUGGUGCUCUACCUCUACCGCAUCCUCUGGCUGGCGCCGGAGAGGAUCCGCCGCGAGCUGAGAGCGCAGGGGAUCCGCGGGCCGCCGCCGUCCUUCCCGUACGGCAACGUCGCCGACAUGAGGCAGGCGGCCGCCGAUGUCGCCGCGAAACGGCGUGAAGAUGCCGGCGGCGUCACCGGCAUCGUGCACGACUAUCGCCCCGCCGUGUUUCCCUACUACGAGAAAUGGAGAAGCGAGUACGGCCCGGUGUUCAGCUACUCCGUGGGCAACAUGGUGUUCCUGCACGCCACCGACCCGGCCGUCGUCCGCGACGUCUGCCUCUGCGUCUCGCCGGACGACCUCGGCAAGAGCUCCUACAUGAAGACCACGCACCGCCCCCUCUUUGGAGACGGCAUCCUCAAGUCCAACGGCGACGCCUGGGCGCGCCAGCGGAAGCUCAUCGCCCCCGAGUUCUUCCACGACAAGGUCAAGGGCAUGGUAGACCUCAUGGUGGGCUCGGCGCAGGCGCUGGUGCGGGCGUGGGAGGACCGGGUGGCCGGGAGCGACGGCGGCGUCCUGGACCUCAACGUCGACGACGACCUCAGGGCCUACUCGGCCGACGUGAUCUCCAGGACCUGCUUCGGGAGCAGCUACGUCAGGGGCAAGAAGAUCUUCGCCAUGAUCAGGGAGCUGCAGAAGACCGUCACCAAGCCCAACCUGCUCGCCGAGAUGACCGGGCUCAGCUUCCUGCCCACCACCAGCAACCGCGCCGCCUGGAGGCUCAACCGCCGGGUGCGGAGCCUCAUACUGGACGUCGUCAAGGAGAGCGGCGGCAGAGACGAGGAUGAUGGGCCGAACCUGCUGACGGCGAUGCUCCGGAGCGCUGAGGCCGAGGCGGGCAGCGUCGCCGCGGCGGAGGACUUCGUCGUCGAUAACUGCAAGAGCAUUUACUUCGCGGGGUACGAGACCACGGCCGUGACGGCGGCGUGGUGCCUCAUGCUCCUGGCGCUGCACCCGGACUGGCAGCGACGGGUGCGCGACGAGGCGCGGGAGGCGCUCGCCGGCGGCACGGCGCCGGACUCCCUCUCGCUCCAGAAGAUGAAACAGCUGACGAUGGUGAUCCAGGAGACGCUGCGGCUGUACCCGGCGGGCUCGGUGGUGUCGCGGCAGGCGCUGCGGGAGGUCACCCUCGGCGGCGUGCGCGUCCCCGAGGGCGUCAACAUCUACGUGCCGGUGUCAACGGUGCACCUGGACGAGGAGCUCUGGGGCCCCGGUGCGCGUGAGUUCGACCCGGAGCGCUUCGCGGCGCGGCCGCAGCUGCACUCGUACCUGCCGUUCGGCGCCGGGGCGCGCACCUGCCUCGGCCAGGGCUUCGCCAUGGCCGAGCUCAAGGUGCUGCUCUCGCUCGUGAUCUCCAGGUUCGAGGUGGCUCUGUCGCCCGCCUACCGCCACUCGCCGGCGCUCAAGCUCGUCGUCGAGCCGGAGCACGGCGUGCGGGUCGUGCUGAAGAGCGUGCGCGCGGCACCAUGAGGGCGCGUCUUAGGUGUACCGGAAGUUGUUGGGCUGCAUGUAGUUGUUUGUGUUCUUGGGCUCUUGGCCCAGCAUAGAUUGAAGAAAAUUAUACCUUAGGGAAAAAGUUGAAACAGUUCGCUGACAAAUAUAUGUGGUAAAAUAAUGACUGAAUGAAAUUUAAAUUUGCUAGCCUUAUAUAGGGAAAAAGAUAUCUACUUGUGUGGUAGAAGAAUUACAAUGGGAAAUGGUUGUAGAACAAGUUUCUGGGGUGAUGCUUGGUGUGGCCAUUCCCCCUUAAAGAUAAAUUCCCUAAUGUUGUGUUU